AUGGGUCGCACCAAGGCAGAUGCCUCGAUCGGCAUCAUCGGUAUGGGCGAUAUGGGCAAAAUGUAUACCCAGCGUCUGAGUGAUGCGGGAUGGAGACCUGAGAAUUUUGAAUCUUUAAAACAAGAGUUCGCUUCUCAACAAGGAGUCACCAUAUUUCCCAAUGGACAUCUCGUCUCAAGACUUAGCGAUUACAUUCUGUACAGUGUAGAGGCUGGAAUUAUCGACAAGGUCGUCGAACAGUAUGCCUCCUCAACCAAGGUCGGUGCCAUCGUCGGCGGUCAAACGUCUUGCAAGGCCCCGGAACUUGCUGCAUUUGAGAAACACCUCCCCGAAGAUGUAGAGAUUGUAUCGUGCCAUUCACUGCAUGGCCCAAAAGUGAAUCCGAAGGGCCAACCCCUGGUUCUCAUUCAACACAGAGCAUCGGACGAAAGCCUCAAAUUUGUCGACUCCAUCCUCUCUUCAUUUGGAUCCGAGCAUGUCUAUCUCACCGGCGAGAUGCAUGACCGCAUCACCGCAGAUACACAGGCCGUCACACACGCUGCCUUCCUGAGCAUGGGAACGGCAUGGCAGGCCAACAACCAAUUCCCUUGGGAACAUGGACGAUGGGUGGGCGGUAUUGAGAACGUUAAGAUUAACAUUACCCUGCGCAUCUACUCGAAUAAAUGGCACGUUUAUGCCGGACUCGCCAUCCUCAACCCGGCAGCGAAGCAGCAGAUUCGCCAGUACGCCGAGUCCGUCACCGACUUGUACAAACUCAUGAUUGGGGGACACAGAGAAGAACUUAAGAGGCGGGUUAAGGCUGCAGGCGCUUCGGUUUUCAAAGGUGGCUUUGAACAAGAUCUGUUGUUGAAAGAUGAGGUCCUAGAUCGGUUUUCUCUGUCCAACCUGCCGCGUGAGAAUGCGCCGCCAAACAGCCAUCUUAGUCUCCUUGCUAUCGUUGACUGUUGGUCGAAGCUCGGCAUUGUGCCAUAUGAUCAUAUGAUCUGUUCCACACCGCUCUUCCGUCUCUGGUUGGGUGUGACCGAAUACUUGUUCCGGAACCAAGAGCUCCUUGAGGAGGCCUUGGAUACUGCAAUUGAUGAUAAUACGUUCCGCUCUGAUGAUUUGGAAUUCACAUUUGCUGCACGGGCAUGGUCUGACUGUGUUUCCUUUGGCGACUUUGAGUCUUACCGUCACCGGUUUGAGCACACCGCAGAGUACUUCUCGCCGCGUUUCCCCGAAGCUGCCACGCUUGGUAAUGAGAUGAUGAAGACCAUCCUGGAGAAGACUACCUCCGGUAACUAA